AGUGCCUGUUCAAGGAUAUCACAAGAGAAAUGUUGUCAUUUCCUAGGCACGAGAUACUACAUAAAAAGCGCACCCUUUACCCCUUGCAUUGUUUUAAAGGGUAGAGGUCCCUGAGCGAUGAGAUAUGAAUUGCCGGAGCAUAUACAUCUUCAUGGGGGUUGUGUUUCAAACAGGACAAGCAUUUGGACCAUCUGAGGAGACAAAAGUGUACUCUUCAGUAGGGGGCCGUGCUGUCCUGCCCUGCAGUGGUGCAAAGUUCAGUAGAUCCUGUGCAGAGGUGAACUGGGCUAAACUCUGGAUGUCUAUAGUCCCCGAGCCAGUGGUUUGCUCUGGGAGGGUUGUGACGCCCAGCAAACGAAGCAGUGAGCCACGGCUGGGCGCCGACUGCUCGCUGCAUAUUGACAACCUGGAGAAGGAGGACGGCGGAACCUACGUUUGUGAGCACAGCGCCGGCAACGGAACUAUUUCCCUCCAGCUUCUCAGCAUUUCAGUAGAGCCAAGCACAGCACUGGCGGUGAGCCAUCGAGUCUCUCUGCACUGCUACCUGUCUGCCUUCACCGGUUUGGUUCUUUGUAACCACAGCGGGGUAAAACUCACCUGGGUGACGGAGAGGGGCACCGAGCUGCAGGGGGACAGGUACAGCAUCUCCUACAAAUCUGCAUGCCACACUGUCCUCAGUGUGGUGCUCAGAGCUACAGACCACCAGAGGAAAUGGAGCUGUCAGCUGACAGAGCAGCAGGAAGUGAAGACCACAGUGAGCCAUGUUACAGCACUGACAGAUGCUGUGGAGGAGAUGUUUGCCUCCGAGGGUCAGACACUGAUGUUGCCCUGCACAGACCCAGCGUCUCUCAGCGCAGGAGAAAAGCUCCAGUGGUCCUUGAGUGAGACACCUCUGUUCAGCCUAACUACAGAUGGGCAAGUCACAGCCCUGGUCAAAGGGUCCACUCAGGGGCUCAGGAUGAAUCCGGAUGCAUCUCUGUCCAUCCACGGCAUGACGGAAAAGCUCUCUGGGCGCUACUGCUGUUCAAAGCUUAACAACUCAGACAGGAUCUCCGUACAUAGGAUGAUUGUUGUCCAUCUUCUGACAUUGUCUCGAGACUCUACGGACAAUACAAAAGCCAAUUCCAGUUACAGCUGGACCUGCUCCCUUACCUGUGUGGACUCUUGUGAAGACUUGAACUUGACAUGGAGUGUCAGUUUAGCUGGCAGCCAACAGGACGGUGCUGUUGACCAAAUUAAUAAAACCCUGGUUUCCAAGCUCAUUCUUCCUGAACAUCACACCCCAGGAAAGAUAGCUUGCAUUGCCUUGAGUGAUGGAACUGAAAGAGGCAGACAGGAGUGGACCUUCCAAAGUGGGAAUAAAAUGUUAACUGCUGCAGGACUGCUCCUUCUUGCCCUCAUAGUGCUGAUCUCUGCCAUUGGAGUGGUGCUACAUGUGAAGAGACGCCAAGAGACAUGUCCAGGUACUGUGUAUGACAACAUUGGAAUGCAGGCUCAUAUUUAUGAGGAUUGUGGAGAAGCCGUUUCCAGAAGAGCUCCGCUCAGGUCACAGACUCAAAGUCUAGAGACAGCACAGUCACAAAUAAACACUCUUUACGUCCUGCAGUCAGAUGUGAGCUGAACAUACAACAUCUAACUCCUUUACUCUUUUCUGUUUGGCAUUAAUCAUCUUUAUAAACAAGUUGUU